AUGGAUUAUUCUGCCUUACUCUCCCGUUCUCGUCAACGGAAUCUCCGCAAACCAAUAAGGAGACCUAACCGAGGAUCAGAUAACAUUUCGGAAGGUGUCCCAGCAUCAACAAUGGAUGCACAAACAACAACCAUGGCAAAAUCCCUACGACAAAAUUAUGAAUUGUCUCAUCCAGCAUCGUAUCCACCACCACGGGGAGAUGGAGGAAAUUACGAUCAAACUCAACAACAAUCACAGCAGUCAUCUCCGAUUCCAGUAUUGAAAGCGUCCUCUUCGGGUUCUCCUAUCAUUCAUAAAGUUUCGAUUACCUAUCGAGAAAUGCAAAACCCUGCGGGAAAAGCCACGAUACCACAACCGGAGGUCUCCAGUCGAGACGGCAUGCAAAAAUCCCAAUCUACUCGAGAGAUGGAGGAUAAAUACAAAGCACUCUUGAAUCGAGCCUCUAGGCGAGACGGUAUGCAAAAAUCCCAAUCUACUCGAGAGAUGGAGGAUAAAUACAAAACACUCUUGAAUCGAUCACGAAGAAGACGGCCAAAAAGACCGAAUCACCAACAGGCCCAAAAGGAUAAAUUGGAUGCUUCUUCCUAUGACAAGAAUUCUUCCUCUUCCGAUGAUCUGCCGCCACCAACACACGGCCCAGCGCACAAAGAGACAAUGGAAAGUUCUCCAGAAAGUAGGGGUAGUAGAUCGAGGAGCAAUCGCAGCAACACUAGUGCCAGAACUUAUUCGAGUCCUCAACAAGAACCGGCGCCUCAGACAGCGACUAGGGGGAGUCCAUCGAGAAGCAACCGAAGCAGUAGCAGCAUGCGAGCGGAUUCGAGUCCUCAACAAGAAACGUUGCCUCAGACAGAGACUAGGGGAAGUCCAUCGAAAAGCAACCGAAGCAGCAGCAGUGUGCGAACGGAUUCGAGUCCUCAACAAGAAACGUUGCCUCAUCUAGAGACUAGGGGGAGUCCAUCGAGAAGCAACGGAAGCAGUAGCAGCAGCGCCAGAAUAGAUCCGAGCCCUCCGUCGCAAGAGGAAUCUCGAAACAAUAACGUACCAUCUCCGCAAUCUUCAAUUCCAGUGCCACCAUCGCGAUCACAUGAAACAUCUCCAACCAGCUCAUCCCGGCUAUGUGCUGACUCGACGUUGAGUCAGAAGGCUCUGCAAAGUGAGGUUGCACCCGACGGUUCCAUGAAUAGUAGAGUUUGGGAAAUUACAGGGGAAUCUAUUGACAUCAGUGGGGCUGGUUUUUCGGUGAACAGUAGAGCGGUAAAAUUGGAAACUAGCAUGGGUGAAGCUGACGAAGCUUUUUCGCGGAGAAUUGCAGAACUGCAAGGUGAUUUGGAGGCUUCGUUAAAUAGCAGAGGAGCAGGAACGCAAGAUGACACGAUCGUUUCUUUGGGGCAGGGAUUUCCACAACAACUGGAGACGACGCCUGACGAUUACAGAAACAGUAGAACAGGCGAUGUGAGCACCGGGGAAGCUCAUGAAAUCGUUUCCAGGGGACAGGGGAAUGAAAAAGAAUGGAACGAUGGCCUUGGCAAUGACGAGGCGGAAGGGCAAGCAUCAUUUCAAGAAUCACCAUUGGAUGGCAGCUCGAGUAAAAAUCACGAUGGGGGCAACGAAGAUGGUACUGUCGAGCAAUUUACAUCAGUUUUAGAUCCUUGGGAUACGAGUGCGGAAUUACGGUCGGCAGCUCCAGAUCCUGAGGAUACGGAUUCGGAACACAAAUCCUCGCAGCCAGUUCGCCCAGAAGAUCAUUUCUUCGAUCCCAACUCGUCAGAAGAAAUGGAACAACCAUCGCUGGAAUCAACCGAUCACAGUUCGAUAGAAGUAGAAUACGUUGAUGAUGAAGUUGAAGAAGACCAGCCUCACGAAUCGGAAUGCAGCUUCACCGAAGUAGAGUAUGCGGAAGAUGAGAUGUCCGUUGAGGCCUCGGUUGGUGUCAACCAAAGCCCUAUCGAAGAUGCUGAGAAAAAUCAAAUUGAGGUAAAUCGUAAUGAUGUGGGUCGAGAAGUAUCCUUUCAAUCCCACAGACACAACAACGCAUCUGAAGGUCCUCCGGAAGUGUACGAAAAAGAGCCUAACGCGCAACGAGAGGCAAGUAUUACCAACAAGGAUUUGUUGAAUGAAAGGAACCCUUCAUCAUUUACGGUACCCAGCUUCUUCGAAGACAGCCAUAUUGAAGAUUUGGAAUCCAUUUCUGGAUAUGGAGAUUCUGUCCAACCAGAUUCGGCUGACAGCCAGUUGCGAGCAGAGGAUAUAAGCAAGAGCUCUCCUGAGAUAAGACAAGGCGAAGAUAGACGUCUAACCACAUCGACUGGUGACAGGCAUGGGUCAGAAUUGGUUGAAGGCUCAGUCUCCCACUCUACAUCUCGAUCGCCACAAAUCCUUCCUGCCUGUGGCCCUGACUCAUCACUAUCAUCUGUUGAGUCGGAAACGAGAGAGGAUUCCUACUACUCGCCAGAUCGCCAAUUAAUGAAGCGAGUAGAAAUCGAGCGGACACCUGGCUCUUCUAGCUCAGACGAGUCAUCCGACGAUGAAAUGAUCUUGGACUCUGUAGCUGAUCUUGGUGGAUUCCCUGUUGCUAAUGAUGAUUCGGAGCUAAUCCGUGGUGGAGGUGAAGACGACGUAGAGCAGCCAUCAUCUCCUUUGAAUGAUGAAAAUCUAGUGGAAGUAGCGAUGGGUGUUGUGGUGGACGAAGGUCCGACAGGAGACAUUGCAAUUUCUUUAGACGAAAGCGUCAGCAGCACUGGUAGCAUGAAGACGAGAUCAUUCGCAGAAGUGAUGGGCACUGCGCCUUUAGCAAGUAAUGCGUCAAAUGGCGAAGUCAAUGCAUCCAAUGCGAUUUUGCAGUUCGAAGAGACAGACCAGAAUAAACAGAAUGAUCCAUCGCAGGCGUUAUUAAGGGAUGCUGACGAGAUGAUCAAUGCACGCUACGGACAAUUGACAAACAAGCAUAUCCUUGAUUCUGUGCUCUCGUCGCGAGAGGCUAACGAAAACAACAAGAGACCCUCCGAAAGCAUCUUCUCAAAGGAAAAAGACUCACUGAUGGCAUCGAAUGGAAGACGCGACGAUCGUUCUCUCAUAUUUCCUUGGGAAAGAUGGGAACUAAGGAAACUGUUGUUGCUUUGGGCCGAUGGUCAUAACGUUGACAAAGCCCGUCUGCAUGAACUUGGAUUGUUGGAAAAGUGGAUGCGUUGCGAAGACUUGACAACAGAUGAAGCAAAGUAUGUCGAGGAUGUACGCAAAAGACGGAGAUUGCUUCAAGAUCAUUACAAAGGCGAAUUUCAAUUAAUUCUUCAAGGGGCGUCUUUGGGAGAGCUGGCGACUGAAGACCGCAUGAAUUAUUUGCAACUCUACGCUCGACGAGCUGUUGGUGACUUACUCACAUUAGACGAGGUCGAUGAACUGAAUUCGCUUGAGAAAGAAGACGAGGAGAUGAUAAUACGAGAGUUCAACGAAGGCAUGCUAUCAGCAUCAGCUAGAUUGCCAUUAAGUGGCGGACAUAUGGAAUCGCCUUCUGAAACGACAUCGACGGAGUCAACAAGAGCAUCAGAUCGCUUCUACAUGGAGGAAUUCGAAGAUAUCAUUGUUAAAUGCGAAAAUGGGGAGUCAGUCGACGAGAAACGCUUUGGCUACCUCCAGCUUUACGGGCGAAGUCGAAUAGGACAAGAACUCACCGCAGAUGAAAUGAGCCGGCUGCAAUCGUUUUUGGAUACUGAACGACGCGAGCGGCUGAGUUUUAGCAUCGAAGAGACGGACAUUAAAGCAGUCUUCCCUCCCCCUCCUCUGGAGACAAUCGAAUUGAUGAUUGAAACGAAAGACACUGUUCUCUCGGGGGAGAAUGUGCUAGGUCAGGAUGAACUUAAGAUGAAGAAAUUCCAUGACCUGAUAAGGCGAAAGUUGUUGAGUGUUCAGGCAUUCGACGAGGACAAUAUCGAUGCUGCGGUGGGCAAGGUGAUGCGAUUACCUAAGGCUCAAAUCAAAGUAGUUUUACAAAAUCCGCUCCUCGCAAGCUUGACAGCAACCACUGAAAGCACAAAAAACAAUCUGGAAGAAAACGAUGGUUAUUCUUCCGUCAGUAGUCGCCGUGGUAGUGAUAAUGGUGAUACCAGCGACGAUGACGACAAUGACGAAGCAGAAAAAUUGAGUCAAGACGAAAUGAUGAUGAGAAAAAUUCGCAGCAUGGUGAGGGAAAAGUUGUUGACUGCUGAGACAUUCAAUUUAGACAAUGUUGACACAACAGUUGACAAGUUGAUGAAGCGACCUAGGUCACAAAUCAGAACAUUCUUGCAGAAUCCCCUACCUGAAGACUUGACGGCACCCACCGAAGAAGAAAGCGAAGUUGAGCAUUCAGAGGAACCCGAAGCGUGCCGAAGUAGCAGCCCUGAGGACUCAGAAGUCAAUGAUGGUGACGAGGAAGGCGGAGAAAAGGAACUGAGUCAAGAUGAAAUCAUCAUGAACAAAAUUCGUAGCAUGGUGAGAGAAAAGUUGUUGACUGCUGAGACUUUCGACGAAGAUAACGUUGAUACUACAGUGGACAAGUUGAUGAAGCUACCUAGGCCACAAAUUAUAGCAUUCUUGCAAAAUCCGCUCCCUGAAGACUUGACGGCCACCAACAAAAAAGGCGAAGGCAGGCAAUCAGAGGAGUCCGAAGCGUGCCGAAGUAGCAGCUCCGAGGACUCAGAAACCAGUGAUGGUGACGAGGGAGGCGGAGAAAAGCAACUGAGUCAAGAUGAAAUCAUCAUGAACAAAAUUCGUAGCAUGGUGAGAGAAAAGUUGUUGACUGCUGAGUCAUUCGACGAAGAUAACGUUGAUACUACAGUGGACAAGUUGAUGAAGCUACCUAGGCCACAAAUUAGAGCAUUCUUACAAAAUCCGCUCCCUGAAGGCUUGACGGCCACCGACAAAAAAGGUGAAGACGGACAAUCAGAGGAUUCCGAAGCGAGCCGAAAUAGCAGUUCUGAGGACUCAGAAACCAGUGAUGGUGACGAGGGAGGCGGAGAAAAGCAACUGAGUCAAGAUGAAAUCAUCAUGAAUAAAAUUCGUGGCAUGGUGAGAGAAAAGUUGUUGACUGCUGAGUCAUUCGACGAAGACAACGUUGAUGCUAGAGUGGACAAGCUGAUGAAGCUACCUAGGCCACAAAUUAGAGCAUUCUUACAGAAUCCACUCCCUGAAGGCUUGACAGCACAGACUGGUCCCGUUGAAAGGAAUCAAAACGGUGACGGUGCCAAUUUGGAGGACUCCGCCAGUAGUCGUAGUGACGGUGAUGAUUCAGAAGGCGGCGAUGAUGAAGGCGAAGAGAAGGAAUUGAGUCAAGAUGAAAUCACCAUGAAUAAAAUCCGCAGCAUGGUGAGAGAAAAGUUGCUGACUGCUGAGACAUUCGAUGAAGAUAACGUUGAUGCUACAGUGGACAAGUUGAUGAAGCUACCUAGGCCACAAAUCGGAGAAUUCUUGCAGAAUCCGCUCCCUGAAGGCUUGACAGCACCCACCGUAGCCGUUGCAAGCAACCAAGAAGGUGACGGCGACUUUUGGGGAGAUUCCAUUAGUGGCCAUAGUGACAGAACAGAAGGUGGUGGUGGUGACGACGAAGGUGCAGCUAUGGAAUUAUCCAAGGACGAAGCCAAGAGGCAGAAUAUUCGAGACCUAGUGAAGCGAAAAAUGUUGUCGUCUUCAGAGGCAUUCGACGAGGAUUACAUCAACACCACGCUUGACAAAGUGAUGGAAUUGCCCCAGCAUCAAAUCGAGACCUUUUUCCCUGCAACAUUAGGUUCGCCCACAACAGCCCUCCGGAAACGCCUAGAAGCGGGACACGUUUCUUCGGAAGGUUCCAACACCGGCCACAGUAGACUUACUCUUAGUAGUUCUGAUAACUCAGAAUUGCGUGAUGGCGGCGACCAUGGGGAAGAGUUGAGCCUGGACGAAUAUACGAUGAAUAUAAUUCGAAACAUGGAGAAAUUCAAUCAGGUAAACAUGGACGAAGAGGUUGAUGUUGAAGUGAUUAGAUGCGACCGAGGAAGCCAUGAGGGUCAAUCAGAUCCCAGCAGUAGCCGCAAUCACAAUUUUGAUGACUCCGAAAGCGUUGGUAACGAUGACUCGAAGGCUGCGAUAGAUAAGCUAUUCGUUGCCAACACAGCCACAAGCAUCAAAAAGGACCAGUUUGAGACCGGUUUGGUCGAAGAAUCGACAACUGGCCACGAAAAAGGUCGCCCAAUCGCUACCGCACAUUUGAUACUGACUCAAUCUUCAGCAUCAAGCUCAACAUCAAAGUCAUCGUCUUCUUCGAGUUCUUCUUCAGCGUCGUCAUCCAGCAGAGAGUUUAUGGCUCCUUCUGAGAUCGAAUUCAUCAGUCGAGACUUUUCGGUCCCAUCACCUGAUGGAUCCUCUGCUGGUACUUCAACAAUGUCGGAUUCCUCGUCAUCAGAAUCAGACUCAAAUCCAUCAUCAAGUUCCGAUUCAAGUUCUUCAUCGUCUUAUUCUUCUGGAAAGGACAAAAAAUUUCAAAUUAGUUCUGCUGAGGAGACAAGGCAACCAUCAGCAGGAACAGCGCUUUUUGAAGAUGACGAAUUAAGCCCUUCAAUUGACGCCACAGAGUUGCUCCCAUUUGUCCAGCUGGACCUAUCAGUCACACCAGCAAUUCCGUACGGUAUCGAUUCAGAUUCAAGUUCAGAGUCAUCCGAUGAGUAUGGGUUUGACAAAGGCUCCUCGAAAUCGGCAUCACCGGAGAAUCCUUUUCAGCGCAACUGGAACGGGAAUCUCCCGUACCAGCAGUUGCAGGCAGCUGGCGAAGGAACCGUCGAAGAAGAUCGAUCGGACUCACCACAGGAAUCUUUGUCGUGGAUACGUACGCCAAGACAUCAAGCACAAGAAGACAAUGGUAUGCAGCAAAUUGCCCGCAUCCAAGAUUCCCCAAAGUCUACAGACUCAGCGAAAUCGCUUGAAUUCGAGACUGAGACUGACACUAGUACGUUUGCUCUCAAAGGAAAAAGAGACAUUGAUGGCGCACUACCUAUUUCUGGUGAAAGCAAGAAGCACAAGCAAACUCGAGAGUGCCCUUCAGAACAAUCACUUAGCACAAGUAGUGAGAGCUCGGGUUCAGCCGAACGUGAAAGCCGCUACGCUUCGUAUAGAAACUUUUUGAGCUCCACCCCAGAGAAGAGAAUUUGGUCGAGCGAGCUCCGAUUCUCCAAAGCUUCUCCAGAGAGCAGUGGCGAUAUGGUUGAUCGAGAUUUACCAACUCGAAAGGAUUCAAAGCUUGCUUUGGGAUCGUCACAACCUGACUCGCCCAGUGUUAGUACAAGAGAUGGUUCGAGUCUUACAGGAGACACUGAGGUUGCACAGGCGAUUUGCAACUCGAAUGGUAGCGCUCGGAUAAAGAAUUCUUCAUUCAUUGGAACAGAUAAAUCAGAGAAGACAGGACCGGCACUUGUUAACAAGAGUGCACCAAAAAGCCUAGACAUUGAUGCAAAUCGCAAAGAAAAUAGGAAUGUAACUUCAUUCUCUACGAUUUCCACAGAAUCCAUUUUGAAUGCAAAUGCAGAACAAUCUUCAAAGGAAGCGAGUUCGAUGAAACAAAGCCCCAAGAUUCGCUACUUACCUGAAGACAAUGACAUUGCGCGCCAUGUUUAUCUUGAUGGCCGCGCCAGCAACGGAGUGACAAUUGGGCAAGAAAAUUCGAACCAACAAUUCCAGAAAGCAAAAGAGCUUUUUUCAACGCUUCAAACCACUAGUCAGAGCAAGUCAUCACUCAAACCAAGUUUUCUUCGCAAACAAAGCUCCAAAGUUCAUUUCAUUCCUGAAGAAGAUGAUCAUGCAGGAAUGAUGUAUGGUAAUAGCAAGAUCAAAGACGGAGAUGAAACUAGACAAGAAACUUCAAACCCACAGUUCAAAGAAGCAACGGAACUAUUCAUGCCGCUUCAGAACAGAAGUCAAACCAUGCCAUCUCCUAAACCUGCUCUUCUCCAAGCGCAAAGCUCCAAAAUCACCUACAUCCCUGAAGAAGAUGAUCAUGCACGCAUGAUUUACCGUGGCGAACUGGAUAUUGCUGGUAAGCAGAUACAUAAUGAAACAGGUCUCCUUCGAGAAGAGAGCUCGAAAAUAAGGUAUAUCCCUGAAGAAGAUGCCGAAGCGCGGAAGGUGUAUCGAAUGGAUGAAUUCGAGAGCAAAAAAGACUCCCAAGCGAAAGAAUUGGAGUCUUUGGGGACACCAGAUGCAAAUCACUCUCCGCCGCCUCCGGAUCAACUUUCCACGAAAGACGACAGCCGGCUUAUCCAAUACAUCCCUGACGAGGACGACCACGCUAGAAUGAUCUAUCGCGGAGGCGAACUUGAGAGCGAGAAAGAGGUUAAGAGUCAAAGUGUUGAUAACACGGGCCCUUCUCCGUUUACAGCACACUUCCAAAGAACCGCAUUUCUACUGCCAGAAAGCAAAACGCCAAGAAAUCUUGCGUCAAACUCUGUCGUUACGUCUGAAACAUAUGGAGACUUUUCAAAAUCCAACAGCGCUCAAGAUAAAACUUCCGCCGCUGAAAGAGCAAUAUUAAAACAACGAAAACAAGCUGCUCAAGCCAUGGCAUCCGCAGCCCUUUCAAAGCUCAGCAAUCUCGCUCAUGUGGAAACCCAAACGACUGAGUCUCAACCUUUUGAGAUGAUGGCUACCCCUGAAAUACCAAGAAGGCAGAGCAUAGAAAGAUUUCACUUGUCACCCUUGCAUGUCCAAAACUUGGAUGUUUACACAGGGUCAGUAAUCGUUGACUCGUCAUCAUCUGACGACGAAGUCAUUGCCCAAGAGACAAAAGCAUCGUGGUCUUUGCUUUCGAUGUUCAAAUUGGGAAAGGCUAAGAAGGCCACAAAAAAGAAGAGAAGACGGGCGAGAAAACAGAAGAUUGAGACCAUUUCUGGUGCAAUUGCAGAUAUUCAAAGGGAAGAAUUCAAGAGGAAUAGUCCACCGAAGGCAGGACAAUCUAACGACGUUGGAGAGGAACUCAAGAAAAAAUUAGGAAACAUCGAACUCCGCCAUGUACAUGACUUGAAAAAAAGGGAUCCAACUCGAGGACAUCCACCAAGUUUGAUUUCGAUGCAAGGUGACCCGAAAAGCACUUUGGAAAGUGUUCAACUCCGAUCAGUGCCAGCGCCUCAGCACAAGGAUAUUUCGACCACAGCAAAACCAAACAUAAUGCAGGGUGAAUUGCAGCAAAAAAUGACAGAGAUCAAAUUCCGUGCUGAAUCCGUCCCCAAACGAGACAGUGUUUCAAACACAGUGAAGCCGCUUUCGAUGGAAGAUGAGCUGAAGAGCAAAUUGGCCAAUAGGCAACUCCGCUCUGUACCCAAGCAAGAGAGCCCAAGAAGCGCUUCGAAACCGAUUUCACUGGAAGAUGAGCUCAAGAACAAGCUGGCUAAUCGACAACUCCGCCCUGUGCCCAAACGAGAGCGUCCAACAAACGCUGCGAAACCGAUUUCACUGGAAGGUGAGCUCAAGAACAAGCUAGCAAAUCGACAACUCCGCCCUGUGCCCAAACGAGAAAGUCCAGCAAGUAAUACAGCGAAGCCAAUCUCAAUGCAAGAUGAGCUCAAAUACAAGCUAGUCAAGAGGCAAGCCCACUCCGAAUAUGUCCCAAAUCAAGCAAGUCCAAUAAAUGCAAAAAAGCCAAUCUCAAUGCAAGACGAGCUGAAGAACAAGUUGACCAACCGGCAACUCCGCUCUGAACCGCCACCAAAAGCAAAAGUUUCUCAGAAACAGGAACCAAAGCGGAUGGUGCAACUUAGGCCGACAAAAUUGAAAACAAAUGUUGCGGCCAGCAUGCCUGCCGAUUCUCCACUGGAUGAUUCUCCCUUAUCAUAUGAUGCGGAUGUAGAAGAUCAAAAGAAGAAUUUCAUGUCGAGCAGCAUAGCAAGAAAAAAGGUGGUACACUUCCAAUUGCCUUCCAAUUCGGCUGCAAAGCCGUCAAUGCAGUUGAGCGAUCCUGUAACAGUUCCAAAUCAUACAAGCGCCAAGGCUCGUUUAACGAGCCAAGGUGCAGAAUCGCACUACGACGUGGAGGCCACACAAUACAGCAACUCCUCAGGGACACAAAAUAUGGAAUCACCGUCGGUCUCUUCUAGUGAAUCGUCACCAUUUGUGGGUUGGUCGCCAAGUCGUUGCACAACUUUCUGGCAAUUACUUGUCCGAACUCUGGUAUGCCUACUUCUCUUGGCAGCGAUUGCGAUCCCAGUGUACUUUUUGCAGUUCCAUGACAGGAAUGUGCCCGAAAAGGAUAUUGGUCUUCUCAAUCUAUUCCCCGCAUCAGAAUUUGCUGCAACCGAAAGUCCUCUGAGCUCCAAUAACACUGCAAAUGCUGUCGUCGAACGAAACAACAUCUUUUCGCACUCGUUCCGAAACGAUCCAUGA